AUGGGGGGAGCAGAACUCAAUCGUCGACUAUCAUCUCUUCAACCUCGUGUAGGAGUACGUCAUUGGGUGAAUGGUGUCUCCACGCUGAAGCAGCUCACUGGUCAUGAACAUCGAGACCUUGAGAAGCUCCUUCCUGGUGUGAUUGUUGGUGCUGUCCCAGAUGAAGUUGCGUGUGUGCUACGCGCUAUCACAGAAUUUAUAUUCCAAGCACAGAACCUCUUCCUUCAUGAUGAGACUUUACACUCUUUAUCCGAAGCCCUACGCAAAUUUCACCACUACAAGGAUUCCAUCCUCGCAGCAGGUGGCUGCCAUGGCAAGAAUGGUCCCCUCGAUCACUUCCAGAUCCCCAAACUAGAGUUAAUGCAGCACGUCGUCUGGAGUACUCAAGCCAUGGGUGCUCCAUAUCAAUGGAGCAGCGAUAUUACUGAGUGUUGCCACAUCACUCAUGAAAAGCUGCAAUUCUUCCAGCUUUAUACAGUUCUGAAGUCACAAUGGGCGAGCUUGAUUUAUGAAAUGUCUAGGGAAGCAAACACGAUGGCACUCCACUAUCCUGAAGCAACCUGGAUCUCUACUGUCCUGCCUGAUGAGCAGUAUGUCAGCGCCGGCAAACCAAUCAUUUCCCUUUUCACCAACGAUCACACUCAUUUUUCUUCUGAUGACACUGUUGCCAUCCUUCUUACUUGCAUUCCACAUUUUCCUCGCCUAUCUAUUGAAGAAGCUUCCCAACGUUUCCACAUUCCAGAUCUCUGUCCAGCGCUGGGUGAUCUGAUCUCCGGUAGAUCUUACCUUGAGCGCAAUGGAAGUACCUUCACAUCUGGCAAAAAUUCUGCAUGCAGCAGCGCUGUACACAAGAUAACCGUAUUCACCAUCAAUGAUAUCCGUUUCAUUGCUCCAGUUCCAGUAACCGACAUGUUCUCAGUUCAAUGCCAUGUUCAAUCGAACCAUGAACCCUUGGGAGACAUAGUGCCUCUGGGCAGCAUGCGUCAGGUCAUCAAGCUUAUCCCCAAGUUCGGUUGA